AUGAAGUUCCCCAUCGUCCUGAGCGCCAUUUCUCUUGCAGGCUAUGCAUCUGCUUUUUACGGUCAAAUGGCCGCAUCCACGUACAAUAUCUACGAGGGCAAGCCAUUCCAGUUUAUCACUCUGACCGACUACAAUACUGGGUCUGUCUACCAGGGUGAAUUGUGGGGAGGAUUCAACGGUUGCGUCGACAAUCACUGUUCAAUCAAGUAG